GUUUCUCAGUGUAGAUCUGUCAGACCCCGAACACCCUGAAUUCUCCUAGAACAAUGUGCGAAUGCUCAUCAGAGUUCUCGAAUUGGAUGAGAGCAGUUCCCACAUCAUCAGUGGCAAACCAGAGCUUCGUUCAUACCAGUAUGAGCUCCAGUCUAAAAACUAAUUAAACUAAUCUAUGCAAUGCGUGGCUUGCAGCAUUCUCUGCUGGAUCUAUGCAUACUAAGUAGCAUCGUAUUAUAGUGGCCUUUGCCGGUUCUCCUUUGAUUCCAAGGCUCUGGGAAGUUUCUGAUUCUGAUAGCUUUCUGAUCAGCUGUUUCCCUGGUCCCACAACAAUUCUGAUUCUUGGCUCACAAAUCCAAACUACCAAACUUCCAAAGCCAAAGCAAGCUAGAAGCAACCAUCCAAAAUGAUCCCCAACUGCAUCAUCGCUGCCGGCUAUGAAAUGGACGACGUGAGCGCCAUCGACCUCAGUGAAGUAUUCUUCGUCGCAGAAGAGGAUACUGGCUGCCGAUGGUCUCGGCUGCGAGAGAGAAGCACCAAGCCUCGAUACCCCAGCCGUCGUUCUAGCAUUGAUCGAGUUGAUCAGAAGCAAAUGGAACUCAACUGCUGUCGACGCGCCCCAACCGCUCCUCAACGAAAACAAAGCAUUACCAGCAUUUCGGAAGAGGACAUGGCAGAGCUUCAUGCAUCCUUCCACCGAAGCUGCGAUGAAGCCCGGCCGAUGCGAAGAACUCUUUCUACCGUUUCUGAAGAGACCAAGGAAGAUUCUCUUCCUUCAAAACCCAGGCGCCGAGCAAGUGUUCAAAGACGCCAAAGAGGAACGCGACGAACCACUAUGUCUGCUCAUGCAGCCUAAUUUCAUAGCUUAGACGUCCGAACCAAAAGAUGGACGCUAGUAACCUGUAUAAUACGGUAUCC